UAAGUAGAUAUGACACAUAGGAUGUUACAUCAACGAUGAAAUGGUUCUAUAUAAAAACCUUUUCCGAGUCCUUAUAAGUUUAAUGUUUUAACUACCCGGCAAGAUGGAAAACGUUUUAUUUGUUUUGUACAUGGUUGUUCUCCUCGUCCUCAGUUGUCAGGGACAACUGGACAAGAAACCUCCCCCCGAGGACCUCACAAUGGACCAGAUCAUGUCCAGGCUGUUAGGGGGAACACAAAUGGCAGCGAGUAUAAGUCUACCGGGAAGCUUAAUUCUACAAGAAUUAGACAUGUACUUAUCAAUGGAUCAGUACAAGGCUAUAAAUCCCAAUAGGAAGAGAAAGCGCAGAAAGGCAGUGAGAAAUCCUGUUUCAUACUGGGAUGGAGGUAUCAUGCCAUACAGAUUCGCGCCCGGAGCUUAUGAGCCGGUUGAUCAGUAUUAUGUUAAGGUUGCAAUGAGGGAGUUAGAAAAAUACACUUGCCUUCGGUUUAAAGAAAGGACUACUGAACUCAAUUACGUGGAACUAAUUGAUUCCCAAGGAUGCUGGUCUCGUCUUGGUAAAGAAGGGGGCAGACAGGAAUUAAGUUUAGAUAGGAAUGGCUGUCGAUUUAAAGGUUUGUACCUACAUGAAAUUGGACAUGCAGUUGGCCUUAUUCAUGAGCAAAAUCGACCGGACCGUGACGAGUUUAUAAGAAUCAUCGAACGGAACAUCCAGGCAGGCCUUUCAAGUCAAUUUCAGAAGUACCAGAGUUCAUUUAUCAACACCUACAAUGUACCAUACGACUUCCCAUCCGUCAUGCACUACGGUGUAACGGCUUUCAGCAGAGAUGGUAAAAGUCAAACAAUAGCUGCACAACCAGCAUAUAAGGACAGAGAAUCAGAAAUAGGAAAAGUUUUUCAGAAGGAGCUUUCAUUUGGUGAUGUACACGUUUUGAACGAGAUGUACAGCUGCAAUGAUCACUGCGACAGCAGCAGUAUUACAUGUGAUGAUGGCGGCUUUUUAGACCAGAACUGUGAGUGCAUCUGUCCGGAUGGGUCCUCGGAUUGCCAGAGAGGAAAAACAAGGCUCAAUCCCGAGUGCAGAAAUUCAGCAAAUGACUGGAAAUGUAACAUUUGGGCAAAACAAGGGGAAUGCAGAAGGCGACCUGAGUGGAUGAAUGGUAACUGUGCUCGUGCGUGUGGAGCGUGUGGAAAUGUACAAAAUGUCAGACAAGAUCUAGAGAACGUUUGUCGCAAUUACUAUGACGACGAGACUUGUAACAAAUGGCGGGAUAAUGGCGACUGUGUAGUGGCAGAGGAUUGGAUGAGACAGAAUUGUAAAAAGUCGUGUUCCUAUUGUGACAAGUCCAACCCUAGACCAAACACUAAUUGCAUAAACGCUUAUUCCAACGACGCUAAAUGCAGAGAGUGGGCCUUGGCAGGCGAAUGCGCCAUUAAUCCCGCCUGGAUGCCUAUUAAUUGUGCAAGUGAUUGUCACGCAUGUAAAAACAAUGGAAGCCUACCAGACGAAGGGACGCGGACUACACGUGGACCAAUUCAGACAAGACCACCUACCGUUACCACGCCCCCACCAACGACCCCCAAUCCUAAUUCCUGUGAAGAUAGGUAUCCGACAGCAAACUGUCAGAACUUCGAAAAUCAGUGGAACUUUUGUAGCAUUCAUAGAGUCUGGAUGGAAGCGAAUUGUAUGAAAACCUGUGGACUUUGCACUGGUGGUGAAAAAGAAAAAGAAAUGGAGAACUGCAAAGACGAAAAUCCAACUUGUCCUGCCUGGGCGAACGAUAACCAAUGUGUUGUAAACCCUGGAUACAUGCUCAAGUAUUGUAUGAAGUCGUGUCGUGUGUGUACUGCGGGACUUCGAGAAGGUGCUGCCGACCUCGUGGAACAGUUCAGUGAGGGUAAUGACAGGAGUUCAGCUUACAGUGUGUCAGCAAAAUUUACAGUUAAUCAGCUAUCCGUUCUAUUGAGUAUGUUCGCUGUAGUUUUCUUUCUUUGAAGGCUACAUAGUUACGUAGAGUGUUGUUAAUAUUAAUUGAAGAUUAGAGGGUAACAGAAAUGUACUACGUUAAAAUAGCAUUGUGAUGCUAAAAAUAUAUAAUAAUGUGUCAUUAGAGCUAGACUUAGAGAGAGAGUUAUCAAAUAUUAUCAAAAUUACGUAUUAAUCGUGAUUUCAAAACAUCCCUUCUUAAGAUUUGUUGAUUUAUAAUA